AGAAACACAACAAUAGUAGGUAAGAAACCAGUCAUUUCUUCUAGAAAACGUUUUUUCUGGCUGCUCAACACAACCUUCAUCUUCGUUGAUCAUCAAUCUGGUCAACUUUGUCAGUCUUAAAACCCCAGUUUUCGUUUUUCCAAUUCACAAGGCAAAAAGACUCAAUAAAUGGAAACUAUCAACGUCGAUCAAGCUCUAAUUAAUUGUCAUAUAUUGGCAAUCCCGUAUCCAGGUAGAGGCCACAUCAAUCCAUUAAUGAAUCUGUGCAAGCUCAUAGCUACAACGUCCACAUCAAAUCCAUUGAAGCAUUCGAAUCUCAAGUAAUUGAGGCUUUACAAGCUGAAAUUCCAGUCCCCAUAUUCACAGUUGGUCCAACAAUCCCUUACUUGAAUACCGAAUUCAAGACUAACCAGCCUAGUCCAAACUACAUGUCAUGGCUUGACGAUCAACCUAACGACUCUGUUCUAUACAUAUCCCAAGGAAGUUUCUUGUCAAUAUCAAAUACACAGUUGGAUGAAAUUAUAGCGGGCGUGCACAGCAGUGGUGUCCGUACAUUUUGGGUGGCACGUGAGACUUCUUCCUUACUUACAGAUGGAAUUGGGAAGAGGGGAAUCGUGGUGCCUUGGUGCGACCAAUUGAGAGUUUUGUGUCAUCCGAGUGUAGGUGGAUUUUGGUCGCAUUGUGGAUGGAAUUCAACUAAGGAAGGUGCAUUUGCAGGCGUUCCGUUUCUUACAUUCCCCAUUGUGGCUGAUCAAUUUACCAACAGUAAACAAAUAGUGGAGGACUGGAAGAUUGGGUGGAGGGUCAAUCAGGAAAGUGAGAACCUGGUUAAGAGAGAUGAAAUUGCUCUACUUGUGCAGAGUUUUAUGGACCUUGACAGCUACGACGGAAGAGAAAUGAGGAAAAGAGCAAUGGGAAUACGAAAGAUCCUUCAAGGGGCAAUUGAAGGUGGAGCCAUUCAAGGAAAUAUCAACAAGUUCAUUCAGGAUAUAAUGUUCUCAAGGCCAAGGCAAUAAUGUUUGGUAUAUAAAGAAGUAAUGCAGAAAUUAUGUAUAAACUACUUCUGUAAUAUGUUUCAGCUGCCAAGAGUAUCUAAUUUCUUUCACACCUCUAACUAGUUAGACCAUUGUAGGUUCAACGAAACUGCAUCAUACUUUAAAUCCGCCACCAUAUAAAAAAUACAUACAUAUAUGUUUCUUCCCAUCCUUAUAUUUUGGGAGGGCAUUUAGCGUUAAGCCUCUAUAUAUACACAGGAAAACAAAUUUCUCAACUUUAGUGUAGCAGCUUGGUCAGCAUUUGAAGCACAACAAUGCUUGUAGAGUUGUACUACGUACCAACUACGCAUUAAGCUCUUGCAA